AUGUAUUUGACUCCGACAUCGGAGGUGCAUCUUCCACCACAGCUCGAGCUCCUCGUCUCUGCUGCGCUGGAGGGCUCACCGUCCCUAGCCCAAGUCGACACGGUAUACUCGGCCGACUCGAUCGAGUUCUGUCCCCUUCCGGGGUACGAGCAGUACUUUACAUGCGGAACGUACCAGCUCCUGGACCCCGUCACCGGCGAACUGGCCCCUGCGCCGGGCACAGCUCCCUCCUCUGGCGGGGAUGCGCCGGCGCCUCGUGUUGGCCGGAUUCUGCUGUACGCUCUUGACGGUGUUGCGCCAGUGGAAAAGGACCGGGUCGAGACGGCCGCGAUCCUGGACGUCAAGUGGUCCCCCUCCCGGCCCGAAAUCAGUGUCGCCGACGCCAAGGGUGCGCUGACGCGCUACGCCCUCAAUGGCGGGAGAUUGCAGAUGGUGGAGAAAGUGGCUGUUGCGGAUGUGGAUACCCUCGUAUUGAGUCUCGACCAUCGGCCCGGAUCCGAAGAGGUGAUCACUUCCCUUUCGUCGGGCGAAUUGGCACACAUCGUAGGGGGACAAGUGGUGGAGCGGUGGGCGGCGCACGACUUUGAGCCGUGGAUCACGGCGUGGCAAGGCAGGGAUACAGUCUGGUCGGGAGGGGAUGAUCUUGCGUUGAAGAGAUGGGAUAUUCGUAUGCCGGGCACGCCGACGUUCGUUAAGCGGAAAGGCUUCGAUGGCGGCGUUACGACCAUUGCGCCAAGUCCGCACAAUGAGCACUUGUUGGCUGUUGGAUCGUACGACGCCCACCUCCGUUUAUUUGAUGCGCGCUCUCCGGCGCGCCCGCUGCUCGAACUCGAGAUGCCCGGCGGUAUUUGGCGCACUAGGUGGCAUCCAUCGCAGCAGCGCAAGGGGGAUAUCCUCAACGCGUGCAUGCACGGCGGGUUUGCUGUAGCCCGCAUCACUGAGGGCGCGGGAGAGGGCGAGAUCACGCACACGUUCCCCGGGACGCUGGGGUAUGGCGCCGACUGGUGUCGUCUCCCGCCUACGGAGGAGGGAAGCCUCGUUGCGACGUGUUCGUUUUACGACCACGACAUGAACGUUUGGCGCGCGUAG